AUGUCGCAUGAAGGUAUAUUAUCAGAUUCUUAUGAUUCUCAAUCCACAGAAGAAUUAUUAGAUUUUCCAAUACCAGCAAAAAAUACAGAGAAGAAACAUGAAGAAUUACCUGAGUCACCUCCAAAAGCAAAGCUUGCACCACCACCAGUUGUUCCAGCUAUUGCAAUUCCGAAAUCAAACAACCAAAAAUCAAUUUUACCAAAUGCAAAUUCGAAUUGUGCCACUCCUAACUCAUCAAAACAACCAUCUCUUAUGCUUACAAGUCUUAAAAUGCCAAUUAUUGCAAGUAUUCGUUCGUCCAUACAAAAGACAUCAUCAAAACCAAUAAAUACUGAAAUUGAUGAACACAUUGAUGGAGAAAUCACUCCCAGUACGGCAAAAAGCCAAACACCAAAGGUUUCAGAAUCGUCAAAUACUGAACCCGGUAUGACAGUCAAUUUCAAAUCUCCACAGCCAAAUACACCUCCAGAGUCAACAUCUCCGCAGCCGGAAUCUCCAAGUUCAUCUCAAUUACAAUCUCAAGAUGUUGAAGAACCUCCAAAAUACUCUGAAUCUGAGCUUGAACAGGCUCUUUCAGAAGUUGUGAAUCAAAAGCAACGUCCAAUGCCUGAAAUGAGAGCUGAAUUAAUUAAAUAUGCAAAAAAUCUUCAACUUGAUGCUGUUGGAAUUGAAGAUUAUGAUAGAGCACAAGAAUUAGAUGAAGCCAUCAAGUUCUUAGAGCAUAAUUGCGAGAUGACAAAGCCAAAAGAAGAACCUGUAAUCACUGUCGAAAUGAGAAUUGAACAAACUAAGCAAAAUAUACAAGAUUGCGAAGAAAAAUACAACAAUAAGAUAAAGGAAUUCGAAGAAUCUACACAACUCAAAAUGAAAGAAUUGCAAUCUUCUCAUGAAAGUGAAAUUAAACUUCUUGAAGCCAAAGUCAGUUCUCCAGACUUCAUUCAUGAGUUUGAUAAGCCAUCAUCACGUCUACUAAGUCUCAGAGAGCAACAGAGAAUCAGAGCUCUUCAAAAAGACUACAACGGAGCAAAAGAACUGAAAAGACAUGCAGAUCAACUCGAAAAGGAAGAAACGGAAACAGCAAGAAGAAGAGCCAUUAGAAAGGUAAAGAUAUUAUUCACUCAAUUGCAGCAAAAACAUGAAAGAGAAGAUGAAUGCGCAAGUCAAAAUUGGGCAAGACAGAAAACAGCAAUCGAAUUAGAAAGAGAAGCAGAAAUAACUCCAAUGAAACAGUUGCUUCAUCAACUAGAAAGAAAUGGACAUCAAGCUCUCAAAUACUCUAUCAGACAAAGAUCAAACCACUCUAAUAUCAGAGAGAACCAAGUUUCAUAUAGUCCAACACAAAACUUAACAACUCCAAGAACAAAGAGGAAAUUUAAUGAGAUAAAGAACAGAGGACAGUCGAGAUUGAACUUAGGAGGAAUUGAUGUUAGAGGUGUCAUGAAGCAAAGCAAGCCAUCAUCAAGAAUCAGAGUUAAGAGAAGUGAUCAAUAUUAA